AUGUCAUCAAAGGAGAAAGCAGGUAUGGUGUAUGGUUCAUUGCCAACAUCGGAGGAACAAAAACAAAAUUUGGAGAGAAUCAAACAAGCACAAGAUUAUUUAGCAUCACAUAGAAUUAAGGAAUUAUUCUCAAAAUUAAUUUAUGAAUUGAUUGUACAUAGACCUAAUCAAGCAUAUCCUGCAUUGGUGGAUCGGUUAAAACAAAUUAAAGAAUUUGGAAUGGAGGCUACUACAUCUCCAAAGCCAAGAUUGAUAGGUAUUAUUACAGACACUAAGGAAGAUUUUGAAAUACAUCAAGCCAUCAAACAUAUUGCAACAGAUAUGAACAUGAAAAUGUAG